AUGGCGGAUGUGCUCACCAACCAGCCAGUAGUCAUUGACAAUGGCUCGGGAACCAUCAAGGCCGGAUUUGCUGGUCAGGACAAUCCAAAUAUCGGAAGACCUAAACACACAAAAGUCAUGGCAGGUGCAGUUGAGGGAGAUUCAUUUAUUGGAAAAAAGGCUCAGGAACUCAGAGGCUUGUUACGGAUAAGAUAUCCUAUGCAGCAUGGAGUUGUCACUGACUGGGGAGAUAUGGAGAGAAUUUGGCAGUAUCUUUAUACAGAAGAACUCAAAACUGCUUCUGAAGAGCAUCCAGUCCUUUUUACAGAAGCACCUUUGAAUCCUCGUUCCAAUCGUGACCAAGCUGCACAGAUUUUUUUCGAAACGUUCAAUGUUCCUGCCAUGUUUAUUUCAAUCCAAGCUGUUCUUUCUCUGUAUGCCUCUGGACGCACAACAGGUGUUGUUUUAGAUGUCGGUGAUGGUGUCACGCAUGCUGUUCCGGUUUAUGAAGGCUUUGCAAUCACAAAUGCCGUUCGCCGUAUCGAUGUAGCUGGAAGGGACAUUACUGAAUACUUGCAACUAUUGUUGCGAAAAUCCGGAUACCAUUUUCACACAUCUGCCGAAAUGGAGGUAGUGCGUAUUAUAAAAGAAAAGGCUUGCUAUUUUUCAUUGAAUCCCGCUAAAGAAGAAAAAAGUACCAAUAAUAGAGCAGAUGCAUUCGUGCUUCCUGAUGGCCGUACUAUCAAGCUUGGAUCGGAGAGAUUCAAAGCCCCUGAAAUCCUGUUUGCUCCAGAUAUGAUUGGUCAAGAGUAUUCUGGCAUUCACCACGUAGUAUCCGACUCCAUUGGCAAAGUAGACAUGGAUUUGCGCAAAGGGUUGUACAGUAACAUCAUUCUAUCCGGGGGUACCACGCUCACCAAAGGGUUUGGUGAUCGGCUGUUGUAUGAAACGAAACGGUUGGCACUCAAAGAUGUUCAAAUCAAAAUCUAUGCUCCGCCUGAACGCAAGUAUUCAACAUGGAUUGGUGGGUCCAUUCUAGCAUCACUUAGUACGUUCAAAAAAAUGUGGGUGUCGGCCGAAGAAUACCAUGAAGAUCCUGAUGUAAUUCAUAAGCGAUUGAUGAGUUAG